AGAGGCGGGACUUCCCUUUUGUUCAGGAGAGAGGUUAAGUUGAGAACGCGCUAGGGCUUGGUCAAUGUAUCACCGGUUUAUCUGAAACCCUCAGUUCAGCAGUAACGCAAAUUGAUACAAAGAUGCGGCGACGGACAAAUCUAUGUAUGCGAUGCUAACCUGAUACGUAUUUUGCAAACCCAUCUUGUUAAAAAUGUCUGAUGUCAACAAGACUAUCCAGAAAUGGCACGCGAGUUUCAAAAAAGGCACGGACUUUGAUUCUUGGGGACAGUUAGUGGAGGCGAUAGAUGAGUAUCAAAUACUCGCAAGGCAGUUGCAGAAAGAGGUCCAGUCAACAAACUCAUCUGACUUCACAGAGGAUCAGAAGAAAACAUUAGGGAAGUUUGCAGCAUGCCUGGAGAUGAGAAGUGCUUCCCUGCAAUGCACACAGUCCCAAGGCGAGUUCAAGUUAGAAGAUCUCAAGAAACUGGAACCCUUUAUCAAGAAUGUCUUGACGUACAACAAAGAUUUUCCCUUUGAUGUGCAACCAGGGCCAUUAAGGAGAAUUCUUGCACCAGGGGAGGAGGAGAACCUGGAGGUGGAGGUGGAGGAGGAGGCUGCAGGAGUAGGUUCCCUCGAGUCUUUUCCCAACAGAGUACCAGGUACGCUGUUGCCACGACUACCCUCAGAGCCAGGGAUGUCACUGCUCACGAUAAGGAUUGACAAGAUCGGGCUGAAAGACGCAGGACAAUGCAUAGAUCCGUACAUUACCGUAAGCGUGAAAGAUUUGAGUGGCAUUGAUUUAAACCCUGUGCAGGACACCCCAGUGGCCACCAGAAAGGAGGACACCUAUAUUCAUUUCAGCGUUGAUGUUGAGAUCCAGAGACAUAUCGAGAGACUACCAAAAGGGGUCGCCAUCUUCUUUGAGUUAAAGCACUAUAAACCGAAGAAGAGGUUUACCAGCACAAAAUGUUUUGCCUUCAUGGAAAUGGAUGAGGUCAAGCCCGGUCCCAUCGUAAUUGAGCUGUACAAGAAGCCAACGGACUUCAAGAGGAAGAAGCUCCAGCUCUUGACUAAGAAACCGCUCUAUCUCCACCUUCACCAGACAUUGCACAGAGAUUAAAAAUCAAGGCCACUGGAUGGAGAAAAUAAUGAGCCCUGGAGGCACCAGAGAAUUCAGAUUUAUUAAUAAGGCAUCCUUCAAAUUAUUAUUUAAAGGGGGAGUUGACAGUCACUCUCCUGACUCACUGUCAUUGUCAGGGUUAUAUUGAUCGUGGAAAUCAAAGGGAGACGGUGGAAAUCAAAGGGAGACGGUGGAAAUCAAAGGGAGACGGAGGGCUCAAGGGUGGAGACGGAGGGCUCAAGGGUGGAGACGGAGGGCUCAAGGGUGGAGACGGAGGGCUCAAGGGUGGAGACGGAGGGCUCAAGGGUGGAGACGAGGGGCUAAAGGGUGGAGACGGAGGGCUGAAGGCAGGUGUUGAACCCUAGUCUCCAGCAGGGAGCCAUACAUAUGUAACCGCUCAACCAUGUCUCUACACUGACCUCCUGUUUCAGUGUGGUGGUUUCCAAGCUCUUCCAUUCCGUGGACCACCAAAUCACUGCCAAAAGCUGUGAAGGAACAGUAUUUACAGAGUCACACAGUUUGUUAACAAAAAAAGUAUUUCAGCUAAAUUGUUCCGUUGAUCAGUGAAAGUAAUACAUGCUUAUUCUUUUUUUAAACGUUGUCAAAUGUAUGUAAACAUGCUCAUACUAAUAUUCAUACUCCAAGUUAUUUUUGGAAGAAUGAAUAAGUCCCAAAAUAAAAAAACAGGACCACCUGCAGUAACUCCCUGGGGCACCAGCAGUUCCACAGAUUGAAUACCACUGGUUUAGUGAACCAAUGAUCUGUCUGCCUUCACCCCCAUCAGCAAUACUGAAUCCAGAAGUCUUCAUGGCCACACCCAUUUCCCUAUGUCACUACAUGGCCUUCAAUGGAUGAUGCAUAUUAGCUAUACACAGUGGUGACAACAAUACACAAUGGAUGACGCAUAUUAGCUAUACACAUUGGUGACAACAAUACACAAUGGAUGACGCAUAUUAGCUAUACACAGUGGUGACAGCAAUACACAAUGGAUGACGCAUAUUAGCUAUACACAGUGGUGACAACCAUACACAAUGGAGACCCCCAUUCUGCAUGAAAGGAGUUCGAAGUUGGUCAUGUAACCCGGAGAACCAAUAGAAAAACUACAACCAACAUCAUCUUUAGUCUUCCCCUGUUUUUCCCUUUUAGGACCAAAGAGGAACAACAUGGUCUUCAGUGCUCAGCCAGUGUAUUGAUGUAAAAUCACAUUGACAAUAUCACAAAGGCACCGUAAGAUAUUUUGCUGCAUGUUUUAAAAUAUUUAACUGCCCUUCAGCAUCACCAUUCUACAUCCAUUUAGAUCAAUGCACCACCAUUCUACAUCCAUUUAAACACUAUAAACAAAAUGUGAAUAAUCUGUUUGGUUAAACAAGGGAAAAUUAUUUUCAACCUGUCGUAAAAACAUCCUGUGAAAAUUAAGUAAACAAAUGCAUUGGUGUGUGGGUAAUAUCUGUGCAGAUUAGUGGGAGUAACUUAUCAACAUUCUCGAAAAACCAAAGAAAAUUUAGAAAAAAGCCAGAUUUGUAGUUUGUGUGCCUUUAAAUUGAUCCAAAUUAAAGGUGUGUUCCUCUGACAAUGCACCUAAUAGGCUAACCAUAUCAUAGCAAUAUGUCUAUCAAUGACAGUCAAUUAAGUGGCACGCAGCUAUUGGCUAAUGCAUAUAUCUGCACACAGGAAUGCGCAAUCUUGUUCUGAAAUUAAUUAAGGAUGCUUUUUUUUUUUUUUUUUUAAAAGGUUCAGAUAUUCUAAGAUGUCAGCCAUUAAAAGGUUUUCGAAGGACACUGUGUGAACUGAUGUUGAUUUCUACCUGUGUUGUAUCGCUGUUUCAAUCAAGGCCCUCAAGGGAUAUUCACUAUUAAAACACAGUAUACAUUUUAAGCUUUUAAAAAAAAAAAAAAAUAUUGUAAUGUGAAAAUAUCAAGACUAACCACACUAAAGAUACUCUAAUGGGAGUGUAUGGUUGUAUAGUGUGUGCAUGCUUGUCCUAUCUGACUCGGUUGAGGACUGUCAAUGCAGGACUGCGCUUCAGAUGACAGGUUGUCAACAAUUAAACAUUGUACUGAGAAUCUACACUGCUUUCAUUUCUAAUAAACAUAAUGGUGCUUGA